CAGUGGAUGAGAGGUCACAGAGGUCGGAGUUGCUUGCUUGGAGGAUAGAAGGGGGAGGUGGGAAGUCACACACACAUAGCUGCACUUCAUCUCCUGCAGACCGCCUUUGUCCUUCUCUUCCUGCUGCCUCACCACACCACUGUCAAGUCUUAAAGGGGCUGCGCAGUGUGAGUCUGAGCAUGAGUCUGGUAGGAGGCUGAACUCUGAGCUGUAGCUUUCAGAGGCUUUCCGUGAGAACGCGCGCAGUACCGACUAUGGCCAGCUGGGGGCGAUGUGAGCGGAGCUGGUGUUUGAGCGCGGCUAAUUGUGCAACGAAGAAGCCGCCGUCCCGGCAGUGAGCGGUGCUACUUCCGAUCCGCGGCAGUGUCUUCAGUCGAGUGUUCUUCCUCCAACGCAAGGACUGGACUCUAUUCAUAUAUCGCCGUGUCGUUUGCUGCAUCCGAGUCGAGCUGGUGCGCCGAAAGACCAGGUCCGGGCCCAAAGCUCGGUUCGUUCGUGUCGGCUGCGCGUUCGUCAAAUGGCGUUCCGGAGACGCAGGAUUUUGGCGCUUUACCUGCUGUGGAAGUAUCUUAAAAGCAAGCGCCGCCUCUGGGUCCAAGCCACUCGCCCGAGGCGCCUUCAGCCCCGUGAGGUUCGCCCACCUGUCCGUGAGCCGCGGGUGGACGACGCGCAGUUCAGACGGGACUUCAGACUGACCCGCAGGCAGUUCGACGACUUGUUGCGGCGACUCGGUGACCGGAUAUCGCACCAGGACACCAACUACAGGCUCUCCAUCCCUGCCUGGCAGCGGCUCUCCAUCUGCCUUCGCUAUCUUUCGACCGGAGACUCCUUCAGGAGCAUCGCCAACUGCUUCCACGUGGGUGUGUCCACCGUCCAGAAGAUCGUCCCCGAGGUCUCCACUGCCAUCUGGGAUUGUCUCGCUGGGGAGUUCAUGGCGGUUCCCUCCACAGACGACUGGAGGACUGUUGCGGAAGACUUUGCUCAGCGCUGGAACUUCCCUCUGUGCUGCGGAGCUCUGGACAGCAAGCAUGUGGUGCUGAAAUGCCCACCACACUUAAGGACGGUCUCUUUGGUUGUUAUUGCUGUCGUGGAUGCUAACUACUGCUUCAGGCUGGUAGAUGUUAGUGGGUAUGGGAAAACUAGUGACUGUGGGAUCCUGGCUAACUCGGCGUUUGGCCAGGCGCUGCGAGACGGUUCUCUGCGUCUGCCUGCCGACCGACCUCUGCCAGGAGCUGAGCACAAAGGAGCUCAGCCUCAUGUAUUUGUGGGCAGCGAGGCCUUCCCUUUGCGGAGGAACCUCAUGAGACCUUACCCUGGACGGAAGCUGGCUCGGGAUAAAGACACGUUCAACUACCGUCUGUCCAGAGCUCGGCUGGUGGUGGAGAACGCCUUCAGAAUCCUCUCAUCUCAGUGGGGGAUGUAUCGACGUGUGAUUGUGAUCCGCCCUGAAGUUGUGGAGAAGUGUGUGAAGGCGACCUGCGUUCUCCAUAACUUCAUGAUGAUGACAUCAGAGGACAAGGAACCAAUGUCGGAGAGCCUGCCGGCUUUUGAGGGGCAGCUGACAAGUUUCAGUCGUGUCGCCUCCAACAACCACAGCAGGGAGGCCGUCCGGGUGCGGGAGACUUUCACAGAGUACUUCUCUGCUGAGGGCAUAGUUCCAAGGCAGCAAGGCUCCUCUGAGAGCCACCCUCCUGCUCCUGCUGAUCAAAGUGUCCAGCUUCAAUAAAGCUGCUGUUGAACUGCUGAUUUGUGAUCUUUUCUUCCUGGUGCUCACUGAGUUGCUGUCAGGACAGAUGAAACUGGCUUGAGACUAGGAGUCACCAGGACGGUGGGAAGAACAUUUUCGGGUGCUAAAGCUUACAUAAGGGCCAAGACACACUAUGAAACAGUACCCUACUUUUCUGAGGCUACUAGAUGGCGCCCUUGGUCUAGAAAUGAUGUGAGGUUUCACUGAACUUGUUGGUGAAAUCCAAACAUUUUGUACAGUGCCACCUGGUGGCCUCUGAAAAUAAAGCUACUGUUCAGUGGAGCCUCACCGACGCAUCACCACUAAACAUGUCGCAGCUGUUCUCAUGAAUCACAUGAGUCUCGCUUGGUGUGGACGCCCCUCAAGUCUGCAGCAAACGUUGGCUGCCCGAGUGACUUCUGUCCCUGAAAGGUUGGGUGAGGACCUCUGCCAUCUGCUGGAGACUCAGAGUAGAGUUGCUGCUUCUCCAUGCUUUCAUCAUGUGGACUACUGCAACUGUCUCCUUGUAGGACUUAGCCAGGCGUCCCUGUCCCGUCUGCAGCUGGUCCAGAAUGCUGCAGCCAGGUUCUCACCAGGGUCACGCAAAAGGUCACCCCCAUUUAGCUUCUCUUCACUGGCUGCUUGUGACUUUUAGGAUUGAUUUUAAAGUUCUUGUGUUUGUUUCUGAAGCUUUAAAUGGUCUCGCCCCUCAGUAUCUAGUUGAGUUUUUAACCCCCUAUGUUCCUCCGUGGUCCUUGAGGUCAACUGACCAGCUGCUCCUGGAGGUACCUAAAACUGAGAGGAUACCGGGCUCUCACAGUCUGUGGCCCUCCCUCCCCAUGUUAGCGUGACUGGCACCAUCACUGUCCACCUCCGAAACACACAGAAAACACACUCUUACUCUUUGGCUUUUAUACAACCGCACAGCUGAUCUUUUUAGCACUUUUUAAGUGUAUCUGCCAUGUUUUGUUUUUGUUGUUUUCAAUGUUAGUUUUAUCCUGAUUUUACAGUUGUACGGCACUUAUUAUUGCUUUUUUAAGUGCUAUAUAAAUAAAUAUGGUAUGGUGUGGCUGCUUCUCUGUGUAGGACUUGACUGUUGAUGUCACUGAUUCCGGCUGCCAAAAGGAACACAAGGUCUCAGCACCUUUGCUCUUCUUCCAUGAGCAGUUAAAAAA